UUCUAUAUGAAUUCUGUGAUCCAUAAACAAAGCAUAUCGGUUAAGACUCGAGAAUGUGAAAAAGCAGGGGAGGUGAGGGUUGGAGGAAGGAACUUAUAAAAGCUGCUGCACAUAGUGUAGGAGGACGCUAAAACCCCUUUGGGCAUGGUCGGUGGGUGCCUAUAAAGAGCCUGGUGCGACUUCUUCACCUUCCUUCUUUCUUCUUCCUUCUUCCUAGAGAGAGAGAGAGAGAGAGAGAGAGAUGGGGAAUUGCCAAGCCAUUGAUACAGCAACCUUGGUGAUACAGCACCCAUGUGGGAAAGAAGAGAAGUUGUACUGGGCAGUGAAAGCCAGUGAGAUAAUGAAGAUGAAUCCAGGUCACUAUGUCGCUCUGCUCAUCACCACCUCUCUUUGUCCUCCUCCGCAGCCCGCCGGCGGCGAUUGCAAUAAGAGCGGGAACAUUAAUAAUAGCAGUAGCAGCAACACCAAUAAUUUGGUUCGCGUCACCCGGGUCAAGAUUCUCCGGCCGACUGACACUCUUGUUCUUGGCCAAGUUUACAGGCUCAUCACGGCUCAAGAGGUGAUGAAAGGGUUGUGGGCGAAGAAGCAAGCAAAGAUGAAGAAGAACCAACAAGAAUCAGAAUCGGCAGUGAAGAGAGGGAGGGUGAAAGAGAAGGCAGGUCCGGGAUUUGGGUCAGCUGCAAGGAGAUCCGAGCCAGCAGAGAAAACCACUCAGGUGAUUAAACAUGGAAGACAUCGACCCAGGACAUCAUCAUCAUCGACAUCAACAGCAAACUCGACCACUGUCAGGGGAAGAACGUGGCAACCCUCAUUGCAGAGCAUCUCAGAGGCUUCAAGUUGAUUACGGAGUAGAUCUAAAAAAUCAAAGCAAAUCAAAUACGUACCAACAGCAGAGGCCAAUAGCGAGUCUAGGUGAAAUUCUCUUCAUUUUAAGUUCAGAUCCGGGUAGCUUUUAGAACCUGUAUAGCAUAGAGGGACACAUCCACCAUUGUUGUAAAUAACUGCUGUUCUGUAAUGGAAUUAGAAUUUUCUUAAUAA